GGAGCAUGUGUGUAUGUAGCAGUUAGUGAAAAGGCGGAAGGACCGGAGAGGUGGGGUCAGUAGAGGUGGACCUGAUGGACAAAGCGAACAUGGGGCAUAGUGCAGUGUGGGAAGAAGUCACUCAAAAUGUGUCUGAGACAACAAGGCGAUGAUCUGUUUCCGGUUCAAGGCCGUGCCAGGACUCGGUCCAUCCCACUGGUUACGGACCAAUUUGAACUUGUGCUUAUCUGCACUGGGCACGGUGCCCUCCAUCCAGUCCUACGGUGGCAAACUAAAGCCCAGCAGCUCAGCACCGAACAAAGACUGGAACAGCAAUGUGCUGACUCCUGCCACGACCCAACGGGCCCAGCUGCUUUUCAGCACCAGCAUGUAUAAAUAGGUCCAUUUGCUCUGGGGGGUCAGGACGUCGUUUUUGUGGAGCCCCCUGUGAGCACUGAACAGCUAUUCUUUUGGGGCCGGUCAGGUAAAUCAUCACUGAGACACACAGUAGCAUGGCUCUGAAUAAUCCCACCCCAUUGGGACCAUGGAAGAUCACGGUUUAUGACCAGGAGAACUUCCAGGGCAAGCGUCUGGAGUUCACCUCGGACUGCCAGAACAUCAUGGACUGCGGCGUCGAUAACAUCCGCUCCCUGAAGGUCGAGUGUGGAGCCUGGACAGGAUAUGAGCACUCCAGCUUCUGUGGACAGCAGUUUGUGCUGGAGAAAGGAGAGUAUCCUCACUGGGAGUCAUGGAGCGGCAGCAACGCCUACCACAUCGAGAGGAUGAUGUCCUUCCGCCCCAUCUGCUCUGCCAACCACAAGGAGUCCAAGAUGGUGGUGUUUGAGAAGGAGAACUUCAUGGGACGCCAGUGGGAGAUAAACGAUGACUACCCCUCUCUUCAGGCCAUGGGCUGGGGCAACAACGAGAUCGGAUCCAUGCAAGUUCAGAGCGGCGCCUGGGUGUGCUACCAGUUCCCUGGUUACCGUGGUUACCAGUACAUCCUGGAAUGCGAUCGCCAUGGCGGCGAGUACAAACAUUACAGAGAGUGGGGCUCCCAUGCGCAGUCCUUCCAGGUGCAGUCGCUGCGUCGAAUCCAGCAAUGAGACCUCCUCUCCAGCCCCAGCCCCAGCCCCUCACGCUUUACCUCCUCUUCCUCCUCCUCAUCUUCCUCCCCUCACCCAGUCAUUCCAACGCCUUUUGGCGCUUUACCACCCAGAUGUUUACAGCACUUUUGUUUUGUUCUUUUGACAAACGAGAAUAAGAAUAAAUGAAGAAUUAAGGAGAGAGAAAAAAAAAAAAACAGCCGCAGAAAAGAAGCUCCUGACUUACGCCCCAUUGAGGAAA